AUGGAAGAGCCCACUGCGGCUGAAAAAUCAUUCGAGGAUUUCUUCAUUGGAGUCAAUGAUGUUGCGCAAAAAGUAAACAAGCAAAGAGAGUUCCGAAGAGAGGAUUCAAAUCGGAGACGUCAAGAAAUGGCAGCAAAGUUUGCUGAUGAAGUCAUGAAAGAAUCAGAAAAGGCUUUUGAAAUUGAAACUCCCCCUAGUAAAUCUCCCACUGACAAGCGAGCUACUAAACGAGCUGCUAAGCGAGCUGAGGAGUCAAUUACUCGGCAGCUCUUUCAAGACUCGGAUGUCAGGAAAGCAGUAAUGACGAAGAAAUAA